GUCGCAUUCUUUUAGACAGAUGGCAGCACUGAAAAUAUUUGACAUUCCAUGGAUUCCUAUCGCAGUGGGCUCGGCUCAAAUGUCAAACGCGACUAUUUCGUCAACAGAGUCGUGGCGCGCUAGUUGGAUUUUAUAAAAUAACAACAAAUAAAACAGUGAAUUUCAUGGACAAUGUUAAUAAAAGGCAGUGAAUACGAUAAGUUUUUUCGUUGAACACUACGCGUGGCUGCUAUUCGUGAUAAAUAAAACGGGCGUAAAGGGAGCUAUUGCAGUUUCGUGCAUAUCGAUUUUUAUUCGCCGCCACCGGUUUAAACAUUGUUAUGAAGUUUCAAUAACUUUAUUUAUUAGUUUGCAUUCAAAACAAAGGACAUUGUAAGUAAUCAAGGACGUUAAUUUAGUGAAACUGAGCACUGUUAAUUAGGAUUUUGUGAAACGUCGUGGGAAACCCUAUUUAAAGCAAUGGAGAAGAUAGAAUCAGCGUUGGACGUUCUUUCCAGAGCGGCAACAAUGGUACAACCGUGCCCCGCAUACCCUGGCAGCGAUUCAGAUGGUUUCGAGACUCCUAGCACGGCUUCUAGUGGCGAAUCAGAGGGUGACCGCACUCUUUCUCCUGAGGCACCAAGGACACCUCAACCCAAAGAGUUGACAGGCAAAUGGAGAAGGGAGCGACGAUCUACACGUCUUCCUGAAUACAGGCCCAGAGAGAAUGGCAAGAUGGCGCUGCGGUCGCAGUCGUUCAACGAGAGGCGAUGCGUAGCCUCUGUGGCGCGUGCGCAACCACACAGCGACGGCGAACUCUCUGAUGAGGUGGAUGAUGCACCAUCUAACCUGGCUAUCAAUGGAAAAGGCGCACCUCCCGAGUAUCCCGGCAAAUAUGAAGCGCCCAUCGACAUGUGUCUGCGCUCCCGGCCAGCGCCGCCUCCAUACAACAGGCCAUCAGUCAUCAAGAGUAACGACGCACCCCCUGGUUCGAUGUCAAUGUGCGAUCCAGUCAUCGACGAACAUUUCAGGCGUUCACUCGGCGAUGACUACAUGAAUCUAUUCAAGAAAACCUCUGACAAUAGUACUGCAAAUGCACAACCAGGACCGAAACCCAACACCAAAGAUAGAGCGAGCAGCCCUAUCCAGUUCAAACCAGAAGAACCACCGAAACCAACUAAAAUCAUAGCUAUGGAAGUUGACGAUGCUAAUUUGUCUGUCGACGACCACUUUGCGAAGGCACUCGGUGACACUUGGCGACAGAUACAAACAUCAAGACUAAAAGAAAACGAUAAAACGCAAACGAAAGGCGUAGACGAUCACUUCAGCAAAGCUCUUGGUGAUACCUGGAAGAAAAUACAGUCUUCAAAACUCAAACUAGAUAAGGAAGAAAAAGCUAAGGAGCAGACGACAAAAAUAAUUUCAAGGAGUGGCGUAGUAAUAUAAUGGCUGGCUGAGCGACUCGGUGGUUCAGUUUACGGCCUUGUAAAAUUUACGAGGCAUUUUCAUGAUACUCAGUGGAGUAUCAAUAAAUUCCCACUUGUUUAACAUAAAGGAAGCUAUUUCACAUUGUUGGCGCAAAUUAAGCGACAGCCAAUGGGUAGUCGAUUUGUCAAUUCUGAAUUCGUUGAUAAUAAAAAUCAUCUCGAAUUUCUUUAAUAUUAUCUAUCUAUGAAUCUUUUAUUCCGAUUUUCUCUGUUAAACUGUAGACACUUCUGCGUAAAUAUUGCAAUGAUAAUUCCUAAAUAAAAAUACAUAAGCUUUACGACUACCACAAUAUUCCGAUCCAUGACAAUUCUGUUACCUUAGGUUAUGGGUAAUGUUUUUGAGAUGUUAUUUAGAAAUAAUUAAGAAAUAUAUUUUGGUUUAUAUAUGAAU